AUGCCAAUUUUUUGUUUAAAAUCCCUCUUUUCCCAAGACCUUUCAUCUCUAUCCUCCUCUCCUUUUUUCGUUGUAACGAAUCAAGCAUUUUACGAAAUUUUCGCUUUCUACCAUUCAUCUAUUCCUAAAGAUGGACCGUUAUCGCAGAGUCCCAACCGUAGAGGAAUUCCAACUUCUGCAAGAUUGUUUUGGUUUCUUACCGGACAAUGGUGUGACAAUUCCGGCGAAGGGUCAUCAAUCUAUGAUUGUCCUCUAGGGAAAGUGGCGAUUCCGAUUCCUUUAUUUAAAGUGGGAUUGUGCCUACUGAUGUCUGAAUUUUUUGAUAUGAUCGUGCAUCACUACGACUUUUCCGUUGACGAGUUAACCCUGAGUGCCGUCAACAAGAUCGCAGGUUUUGAAAUGAUUUGUCGAUCUCUGGGUUGUAUACCCAUUUUUUGGGUUUUCAGCUACUUUUUCUAUUCAACUAUGAGCUCUGGCGUUCACACUCUAGUGAAAAGGCGGGGCAUUCAUCAGCUGAUCUCUGAACAAGAUACUCCAAUAAAAAAUUGGCAGAGGCAAUGGCUUUGGGUUAAUCGAAACCUUGUAGGGCAUGGGUUUCGCAAAACACGAGACUUUCCUGACCGUCUUCCUAAAUUGUUCGGGAGUAACCUAACUCUUUGA